AAAUCAAUGGAAUUUGUAAGGCAAAUGACGAAUGUUAUUCUGGCUACUGCUCUGCUGCUGGUAAAUGUGCAGAAAGACCAAGUAUACCAUGUUCUGGAUCCGCUUACUGUCAAAACAGUAAUUAUAAUAAUUAUUGUGCAUGUGGAGGUAAGAGUUCAUCAAAUAGUCCAGGAAAAUGUGUAGACAGUUGUUUAGGAGCAAUGAUUGAUGUAACAACCUGCCUAUACAAUCAAGGAUUAUUAGGAAGUGAUUUUUAUGGAGGAUUGGGUUUUCUUCAAUAUGUAGACGAAGAUAGUUCAUUAUUUACUAGAUGUAGAUAUGCCUUCUCAAGACAUUAUUCUUGUUUGAGAAAAUCAUGGAUUGCUGCUGGAAUUCCAACUAAAGGAGACAUGGCAGGGGUUGAUUUGGAUGCUUAUUCGGUUGAUGCAAGUCCAAUUGUACCAGACGAAGCAAAUCAACAUCAAAUUUCUUUUGGAUUGAUUUUCAUUAUUAUGAUUUUAAUCAAUUUUAAUCAAUUACAUUACAAUUACCUCGUCCAAUACUACAACCAUUAUUCAAACACCCACAGAGUCUUUGACACUCCAAAAAAUCCCCUCACCAACCCUAGAACCCAGUUCUAUGUUGGCCUAUUGAGCGCAGAUCUUUAUCAAGCAUCAAAUUUGAUCACCUCUAUAACACCUAAAAAUCCCCUCACCAACCCUAGAACCCAGUUCUAUGUUGGCCUAUUGAGCGCAGAUUUUUAA